CAGCAACCAGCACCAAACACCCACACUAACCGAAGCGGUCAAGCAGAGGCAGCAGCAGCAAAGUGAAGCUCAAGUUUCUUCUAGGUCAUGGACAAGAUCCUGGCUUUCUCGAUCCUGAGCUCGUCGCCGGCGGAGAUCGCCGCCGCGGGGUACACCACGCGGUUCUCGUGGAGGACCAGUGCCGGGAAGCAGCAGAAGCAGAAGCCGGCGGAGAAGGCGCCGAAGCAGGAGGGGGAGAAGCCGAGCUCGCGGCCGGCGGAGAGGAAGAAGCCGGAGGCGGCGAGGGCGCGGUUCGCGCCGGAGUUCGACGGCAUCAACUGCUUCGAGUCCAUCGUUUCCUUCUAAUUUUCUUUCGUUUCUUUUGUUGCCAACUGAAAUUAAGAGGCGUAAUUUGUACAGAGCUGGUGAAUUCAUACAGCAACCAAAUGAAAUUGAUGAAUGAUUAUACGUUCGUUUGAUUAUUAGUCAAAAAUCAAUGUUUCUUCUUCUGUU